UUAAAUCCGGGGAAGAUGGGGAAAACUUGCAGCGGCGGGGGCUCUUAGGACGAGCUCGGGUGGCCGGAGGAGGCAAUCGGGGCCGUCAAUCAUAUGCAACUGCGCUCCCAUCGUGAGCCGCCGUGUUACGGGCCGUCCGAUGGAUGAGGUGCCCGUGUCUGCGGGCACCACGGUCGGCUUGUAUCUGAGGCUGGGACUGGCCCUCUUCUCCUCCGCCUCCUUUUUCUUUAUGUCCGUCUGCGUCGAGUUCUACAACCAGGCCGCCUUCUGAUUUUGGUGCCAGAAAUCAUCGUGCAAGAAGAAGAUGUCGAUUAUAGGUGAGGCCUUCGUCUCUAUGCUCGUUGAUGGCCUGGCCGCUUUGGUGGAGGACGAGGUGACCAUGCUCUGGGGUGUGAAGAGCGAGAUCAAACGGCUCCAAGAUUCUCUUCAAACAAUAAACGACGUCCUCGCCGAUGCUGAGAGUAAAAUGGUUCAGAGAAAAGCCAUAGGCAUGUGGCUCAAGAAGCUCAAGGACAUCAUGUACGACGCUGACGACAUCCUCGACGAAUGCCGGAUCAAGGCCGAAAAAUCUAAAGCUGCAGUCUCCUCUGGAUGUCAACCUUGCUCUUGCUUUGGCAAGAUUGUGUUUGCUCAUCAGAUUGGCAGGAGAAUCAAAGGUCUGAAUCGUAAGCUGGACGACAUCUGCGCAGAGAAAUCUAAAUUUGAUCUCCAGGUCUCUUCCGCCGACAACAGUGACCACCGAUCCGCUUCUCGAGUUAGUAGGAAGACAUCUCCUGUAGCUGAGCCUGAUAUCGUAGGAUCCAAAAUCGAGGAGGAUACGGACAAGCUGGUGGAGUUGUUGAUUAAGGAGGAUAGUCGGGACAACAUUCUUGUAUAUGCCAUCGUAGGAACCGGGGGAAUUGGCAAGACCACUCUUGCUCGGAAGAUUUUUAAUGAAGAAAGAAUAAAAACCAAGUUCCCGAUAAAGCUCUGGGUCUGCGUGUCCAAAGAUUUUGAAGAGACUAGUCUCCUGAAAGAUGUCAUCGCUCAGGCGAUUCCAGAGGGGCGUCUAGCAGGCGAUCCUAGCCGGGCAGAGCUCGACACCAAGGUUGCAGACACUGUCACAAAUAAGAAAUUCUUGCUUGUCUUGGACGACGUGUGGGACCCAAAAGUAUGGAAUGAUUUACUCCGAAACCCCUUGCAAGGUGGGGCAACUGGAAGUAGUGUCCUUGUGACCACAAGAAACCAUGGGGUUGCAUCGAGAAUGAAGGCUGUACGACCUCAUCAUCAAGUGGAGGUCUUGUCUGCUGCAGAUGGUUGGGCGCUGCUACGCAAGAAGGUGGUUUUGAGCAGGGAGGAGGGAGAGAUCGAAGAUUUAGUGGAUAUCGGAGAGGAAAUUGUUGUGAAAUGUGGUGGUCUCCCUCUUGCUAUUAAGACCAUUGGAGGAGUAUUAUCAAUGAAGAGCAGGACCAAGACGGAGUGGGAGAGAGUGCUUAAGACCCUUUCAAGCAAUGCUUGGUCUUCUUUGACCGACUUUCCCCAAGAGGUUCAACCAGCACUAUGGUUGAGUUAUGAAGAUCUGCCAUCUCAUCUUAAGCAGUGCUUUUUAUAUUACUCGUUGUUCCCUGAGGACUAUAUAUUCAAUCGUGACAAACUAAUUUAUUGUUGGAUCUCUGAAGGGUUCAUCCAUGAAGAAGGAGAUCUAACAUUGGAAGAGUUAGGUGAAGAUUAUUAUGGGGAACUUGUUCAGAGGAGUUUUUUGCAACCAUAUCCCCCGCUUUAUGGUGAGUUUGAGUCUACUAGAUGCACUGUGCAUGAUCUACUAUGGUCUUUUGCUCGGUUUUUAGCAAGAGAUGAGAAUUUGGUUGUGAAAGAUGGGGUUGAAGUCCCAAUUAAUUCAUCUUCAUUGAAGCCACGUCGCAUACGGCGUUAUGUUACAAAAGAAAACUGCCAAGCAUCUAUUGGUGCAUUGGAAGGGCACAAAUCUUUGAGGACUCUUCUACUAUGCUUGGCAGGAUCACAUGUGGUCCAAGAGAAUGAUAUCGACAAUUUGAUUAAGAAGACACCGUGUCUGAGAGUACUACACGUCUCAGGCCCUCAGAUCAUAAAAUUGCCCGACUCCUUAGGAAAUCUCAUACAUCUACGUUAUUUAGACCUGUCAAUUUCUGGCAUAAGUGAGCUACCAGAGAGCAUAGAAAAUCUUGUAAAUCUGCAGUUCUUGAUCCUCCAGUCUUGUGAUUAUCUACGCAACCUUCCUAAAGGCAUCGGAAAGUUGCACAACCUGCAGUGUCUUGACCUUCUUGGAACAGAACUGGAGGGUAUACCUAUCGAAAUUGCAAACUUGCAUCGACUAAGACGGUUGGCUAUCUCAAAUUGUGACAUUCGCCCGCAACUUCCAUCACUAGGGAAGCUCCCUGACUUGGACUACCUCUCGAUAGAUAAAGCAUUUGCUGUCAAAAAGAUUGGGACUGAAUUUCUGGGUCAGAAACCUGAUUGUAGCAGUGAUCAAGUUGGCAGGAUGCAAAUUUUUCCAAAGUUAACAAAAUUGAUAUUUCAUGACCUACCCAAUUGGGAGGAAUGGGAAUGGGACGUGAAGGAUGAUGACAGACUAAUAGCCGUACCAAAGUUACAAGAAUUGGCACUUUUAGAUUGUCCAAAGUUGAGGUCUCUUCCUUCUAGCCUUGUUCGCAUGUCACUGCCCUUACAAAGCUUAAUAUAGCAUUCUGCCAUAGUCUAAAAGCAAUCAGGGGCUUUUCCUCUGUCAAAGAAUUGGAAAUAUCUUACAGCCUUAAUCCGGAGGUUGUUUCAGACCUUCCUAGCUUGAAAACAUUGAAGUUGCGAGAUCCUUUC